CAUUUGAAACAUUUUAAUCAUAUAUUUUAGCCGCCAUUUAUUUCAGAUUGGUCAUUUUGAUCAUCUGAAACUUUGUUUUUGAUCCCUAGAGAUAUGAGCCACUUAUUUGGAAGAGAAUCAAGCAUCCAUGCAAAAGCAUCUUUUACAGUCCAAAUUGACUCUUCAUCUUCUCCAGGGUAUCCUUCUUUAUACACAGUGUACUCAAAAGUGUCAAUAAAGAUAGCAGAGAAGCUUGAAAUUAUCAGGAAAAUGAUUAAAAGUGUUAAUGAAAAUACAUAAAUAACCGUCCAAAAUGGGUCAUAUCUCAUCAUGGUAUUCAAGUCAGCUUGACCAACUAUUAACCCGAGCCCUGCUAUUAAGCUGCCUUGAAAGGUGUGAUAUGUCUCUAUAUAGGGCCCAUAAAUUCCCAUUCCUAUAAGCGCAUAGGCAAUCAAUAUCGGCAAGAUAAUAAAAAUAUAUUCAGGACAUGGAGGAUCUUCAGCAA